GCAUUGCACCUAAACAGUCAUCGUGACACAUCGACAACAUUGAAAGCUUGCUCGCAGGAUCCCAUCCAUUUCAUAACUUUAGAGCAUCCUUUUGGUUUGCGUUUUACGUGAGGGGCUUUGCCUAUGUGUCUAAGCAACCGCAGUGUGUCCGUAAUUGAAUGACACGAUUCAUGCGUUAACAUUUUUGGCUAGCUUAUAACCUUGGCUAAAAAAACUGCUCGGCGUGCCCCAAGUAGUCGUGUGCUAAAGCUAGCUUAUCUCACGUAAAUAAAACGGCUAGACCUUGUGUUAAAGGUUCAGAUUGCAGGGCUGCUGGUGCAUGGUUGCUGAACAAUAUCGCCUGCUUUCUUCAACAUCGGGUUCCAGGAUUACUUUUGUACAUUUUGGUUUCAUUCAAAGAUGACUUUGUCAUUACCCUGGUUUUGCACAUACAUCACGUAGAUCUGGAAAGAGAGGAUUAAUACUGCACUAGGCCAGUGCCGCACAUGGUGUGGGUGAAACUUAAGUCAUGAACCUCCAUCAAGUCCUCACAGGGGCAGUCAAUCCAGGGGACAACUGCUUCUCCGUGGGGAGUGUCAAUAAUGUGCCAUUCACGGCCUAUGCGUCCGGUUGUGACGUGGUGAUCUUGGGAAGUGACUUUGAGCGGCUGCAGAUCAUUCCCGGGGCAAAGCAUGGUAACAUCCAAGUGGGAUGCGUGGACUGCUCCCUGGACGGAGGCCGGAUUGCAGCUUCAUAUGGAGGCAUUGUUUGUGUGUUUGAGCCUGUGGGGCGGACUGAUCCGAAAUCCACGACACCAACGAAGUUGGAGUUCCAGUGGCAGAAAAGUGGCCAAAUAGUUCUCCAGUCAAUAGUGAGGAACCUUGCCUGGCACCCCUCAGGGAGGUAUCUGUUGACAGGCUCCAACAGCCUCCAGUUGUGGUCCAACAGCGCUAGGCCAGGUGCUGACCAUGAGGAGGAAGGGAAGCCCACAGAGCUGACCAUUGACAGCCCUCCUUCUCCAUGGAGGUGCAUCUGGCUCAGCAGGACAGCAUCACCCGUCAAUCUGAUGAAGUUCUCUCCUGAUGGAGAAUUCUUUGCCACAGCUGGACUUGAUGACUGCCUGGUGAAGGUAUGGUACAGCACCAUUAAGUGGCAGUCGGGAGUGUCCAGCCUCUUCACACCCCCGGAGGCGGGCUCAGCCCAUGGAGAGCUGGCCUUCUCCUUCGUCUACCUGGCCCAUCCACGCUCCGUCACUGGCUUCUCCUGGAGGCAGACCAGCAAGUACAUGCCCCGAGGGUCGGUGUGUAGCGUGCUGCUCACCUGCUGUAAGGACAGCGUGUGUCGCCUCUGGGCCGAGACCCUCCUGCCCGACGACAGUCUCCUCUCCAGUCACCAUAACAACCACGCCACCGGUCAACAGGGUGACCCGCCGCGACCGUCUGGGCCCUGCAGGAAGAACGGCUCCGAGGAGGGGUCACAGGGAAGGGCACCGCUGCAGCUCAACCUGCAGGACUCCUAUGGGAUGCCUUCUUUCCAUGGCGUGGCCCAUCCCUCUGUUACAGGCUGCCUGCCCCACCUGAACGGGAGGCACUACAGCCACAAAUCAGGCAGCAACAGCCUUCCCCAUGCCAACGCUCUGUGUCACUUCCACAUCGCAGCCAGCAUCAACCCAGCCACAGAUAUCCCCCUGCUCCCCUCCAUCUCCUCUCUAUGUGGGGGAGACGAUGAGGAACCGGGAGGGCCCUUCACAGUCCACUGGCUGAACAACAAGGAGCUCCACCUCACUCUGGCCAUGGAGGUCUUCCUCCAGCAGCUCCGGGGCAGUCUGGAGAACGAGGCUGAGCCUACACGGGAAGAGCCAGAAGAGGAAGUCAACUCGGAUGAUGCAGACGCUACCUCAACUGAACCCAAGGGGUCUGAAAGGCGGUCCUCGGAGCUGGCGGCGGUGGAGCACCGGGUGGAGGUGUUGCUGGCGGAGUGGAACAAAGGGGCGGACAUGUUGUUCAGCAUCCACCCUAUGGACGGCUCCCUAUUGGUCUGGAACGUGGACUGGCUGGAUGAAUACCAGCCAGCCAUGUACAGACAAGCUCAGGUGUCCUUCGUGUCCCGCAUCCCGGUGGCGUUCCCCACCGGCGACGCCAACACCUUGAGCCGCAGCGUCACCAUGUACGCCUGCAACAAGAACGUGGACCUGGCCGUCCAACACUGCCGGCAGUGGCCGUGCAGAGGCACGCUGCCCCGCUCCACCUCCGCCCUCAUCAGCUACGGCGGUCAGGGCAAGGCGGCGUCCGGCAGCAGCCUCCGCCUCAGCAUCUUCACGCCCAACGUGCUCAUGAUCUCCACGCACGCCGACGGCUCCCUCAACCAGUGGGCGGUGAGCUUCGCCGAGGACUCGGCCUUCUCCACCGUGCUCAGCGUCUCGCACAAGUCGCGCUACUGCGGCCACCGCUUCCACCUCAACGACCUGGCCUGCCACUCGCUGCUGCCGCUGCUGCUCACCACCUCGCACCACAACGCCCUGUGCACGCCCGACGUGGACCGGCUGGCGCCGCCGCCGCCGCCUGGCGCCCACCCCUCGGGCCUCUCCCGGGCCGCCCCGGCCGGACGGGGCCCGCGCCCCAGCCGGGUGUCCCUGGGCGUGGUCUCCCAGGACCCCAACGCCAUCUACAGUGAGCUGAUCCUGUGGAGGGUGGACCCCGUGGGGCCGCUCUCCUUCUCAGGAGGGGUCUCGGAGCUGGCCCGGAUCAACUCUCUGCACGCUUCCGCCUUCGCCAACGUGGCUUGGCUCCCGGCGCUCAUCCCCAGCAACUGUUUGGGGGCGUACUGCAACUCUCCCAGUGCCUGCUUUGUAGCCAGUGACGGCCAUUCACUCAGACUGUACCAGGCUGUUAUUGAAGCCAAGAAACUCCUCAGUGAGCUGUCCAACCCUGACAUAUGUAAAUAUGUUGGGGAGGUGUUUAACAUCAUCAGUCAACAGUCCACAGCCAAACCUGGUUGUGUUAUUGAGCUGGAUGCUAUCACUGACUUUCAGGGGAAGGAGACCCAGCUACUCCAUGUGUUUGAAGAGGACCUCAUUCUGGGCAAUGACGAUGGGAACCAAACUGCCACCGAAUCCCCUGUCACUGCUCAAUCCGACUGUCAAACUGGCUUCUCCGCGCGGUUCUUCCUGGUCGUGGUCGAGUUCACCCAGACAGGCCGCUCCCUUCUCCACAUGUGGCAUCUCCACCUGGCCGCGCGGCCCGUCACCAUGGAAGACACCCCAGAGAAGGUCGCAGCGUCCUCAAAGUCCUCUCCGCCACUCCGCUCCCCGCUGCCCCAGAGGACAAAGGCCUGCACCUCCAGCCUGCAGAGCGCCAGCCGGCUCCACCUCACCACCCACAGGCUGUACAGCCAGGAGAUGCCCCUCCCUGCUGGGGUGGAGGUCAUCACAGUGACCCCCUCGGCAGGUCACUUGAGUGCCUCCUCCUUGCUGCCAGCUGGCCGUGCACCGUACCUCUUUGCCACAUCCUGCUCGGAUGGAAAAGUGCGCUUCUGGAAGUGCAGCGUCGCGGCAGCAUCGCCCUCGGAAACGCCCAAGCUAGGCUACCAUUGGGAGGAGUGGCCGCUGCUCGUGGAGGAGGGACUGGCCAACUGCAGUGCAGUGACCAUCCCGGGACGUCCAAUAGAGAUCAGUUGUUGUCAUAACAGUCGCAUCGCCGUGGCUUACAGGCAGACGCCGAACGCGGCGGUGAACUCCAGCCCGCAGAUGAACUCUCAGCCAUCCUUGAGCAUUCCCCCUGCAAUAUCUUCCACUCCUUACAUGAACGCUAAACCCAGCAUCAAGCCCAGCCACGCCACGAACCAAACUCCGAACAUCAUUCCCAACCCCUACUCCACUAGCAACAGGGAAUCGUUAGUCCACAUCAGUGUUUUCCAAUGUGAAUCCACGGGGGGCUCACAGUGGGUCUUUGAGCAGACGCUGGUCCUCGACAGUACCGGCUCCACCGCCCCCCCUCGGAGCAACGGCAGCACAGCGCGGAGCCCCGACGCGGAGCUCUCCCCGCCCGCCGAGAACAGCCUCACGUGCACCGGGAAGAACCUAGUGCAUUUGGACUGGGUGUCCCAGGAGGACGGGUCCCACAUCUUAACGGUCGGCAUCGGAACCAAGCUCUACAUGUACGGCCCUCUCUCGGGCACGCCCCCGGAGGUGUGCAUGUCGUCCGACCGGAACCAACACGCGUCCCGCCUGGUGCUGCUGCGGUCCGUGGACCUGGUGUCCUCGGUGGAGGGCUCCCCGCCCAUCCCCGUCUCCCUCUCCUGGGUGCGCGACGGCAUCUUGGUGGUGGGGAUGGACUGCGAGAUGCACGUCUACUCCCAGUGGCAGCCGCCCGCGCCGCCCAGGGCCAUCGCCGCCGCCGGCCCCGAGGACCUGAGCAGCAGCGUGUCCUCGCUCCUCUCGGCCGUGCGGCAGAGCCAGGAGGAGGCGCUGAGUCCAGGGGGAGGCCUGUCCACGCUGGCCCCGCCCAAGAAGGGCCUGACCCGCUCCAUGACGAGCCUGGCGCAGAAGCUGAGCGGGAAGAGGACGGCGUACGACCUCCCCGUGGAGAUGGAGGACUUUGGGCUGUUUGAGGCCGCCCACCAGCUCUUCCCCACCCUGCCCCAGUACCACCCCGUGCAGCUGAUCGAGCUCAUGGAUCUGGGAAAGGUUCACCGGGCCAAGGCCAUUCUGUCUCACCUGGUGAAGUGCAUCGCGGGCGAGGUCGUGACUCUCAAAGACAACGCCAGCCACCUGAACAAACGAGUGCGAUCUCGGACCAUCAGCGCCGGAGGCAGCACGGCCCGGGACAACAAGAUGUUCCUGAAGGGAGAGGGCUCCCCUCCGGACUACACCGAGAUCAACUCCAUCCCCCCCCUGCCUCUCUACGCUCUGUUGGCAGCCGACCAGGACACCCUCCCCAAAACGGUCACCACGGGGAGCGUAGGCGGCGACAGCGGGCACGGGUCCAGUCAGACCGAUGCCUAUGACGAGCUGUUCCACCUGCCCAGCACGGCUGACCUGGAGCCUCUGGACAGUGAUCAAGAGGAGGCCGUGAAUAAGAACCUGUCCAGAGACCAUUUCCAGGCCUUAAAUCCCAGCAGGCCGUCUCUGUGCAGUAAGGUGAUCGACCUGUCCCAGUACAGCCCCACGUUCUUCGGACCUGAGCACGCCCAGGUGCUGUCCAACCACCUGAUCCACUCCAGCCUGCCGGGCCUCACCAGCAUGGAGCAGAUGUCCCUCAUGGCGCUGGCCGACACCAUCGCCACCACCAGCACCGACCUGCGGGACAGCCAGAACCGCAAAGGUGGAGAGACCCUGGAUGAUUGUGGCCUGAGGUUCCUGCUGGCUGUCAGGCUGCAUACCUUCCUCUCUACCUCUCUUCCUCCUGCACAUAGGGCCCAACUGUUACGGCAAGGCCUGUCCACGUGUCACUUUGCCUGGGCCUUCCACUCGGAGGCGGAGGAGGAGCUGCUGAACAUGCUGCCCGCCCACCAGAGAGGGGAACCCAGCUGGACCGAGCUGCGCUCAAUGGGCCUGGGCUGGUGGCUCCGCAGCACCAACAAGCUGCGACGGUGCAUCGAGAAGGUUGCUAAGGCUUCCUUUCAAAGACACAACGAUCCCUUGGAUGCUGCCAUUUUCUACCUUGCCAUGAAGAAGAAGGCGGUGGUCUGGGGACUGUACAGGUCUCAGAACAACCCUAAGAUGACAGACUUCUUCAGCAAUAACUUCAACGAGGAUCGGUGGAGGAAGGCGGCAUUGAAGAAUGCCUUCUCUCUGCUGGGGAAGCAGCGGUUCCAACACUCUGCCGCCUUCUUCCUACUGGCUGGUUCACUCAAGGAUGCCGUGGAGGUGUGCGUAGAGAAGAUGCAGGACAUACAGCUGGCCCUGGUCAUCUCCAGACUGUACGAGUCUGAGUUCGGGACGGCCCCCACCUACAAAAAGAUCCUCCAGAGGCACAUCUUGGGACAAGACAAACAGAUCGAGGCCCACCCAGACCCAUUCCUCUGCAGCAUGGCCCACUGGGUGCUGGAGGACUACAGCAGCGCCCUGGACACUCUCCUCCAACAGCCUGCUGCCGACCCUGGGAGCCCUGGGACCGCAUCAGAGACCAGCCCCUCCUCCACGUCUCCGUGCAACCCCGAGGUGUUCAACUUCUACACUUACCUCCGCACGCACCCGCUCCUCCUGAGGCGCCACCUGGGCUCCUCGGACAAGGCCAAGGUGGGCCUGACCACGGAGGGCCGCCGGGCGGACUCCAUCAGCCUGGUGGAGCGCCGGCUGUUCUUCACCGCCGCCCACGCACACCUGCAGGCCGGCUGCCCCAUGCUGGCCCUGGAGGUGCUCUCCAAGAUGCCCAAGGUCCGCAAACGCUCAAGCCCGCUCCGACAGGACGGCGGCAGCGCCGGGACCGCCACACCGGCGGGAGCCAGCGACGACGGCAACGGCGGGAAAGACAUGGACUGGUCUCAGCCGGUUUUGAACGGUUACGAGUCGCACGGCGGGAGCCUGUCCAACAGCCGGUCGGAAUCGGUGCUCAGCUUCGACUGGAGUCAGCCGUCGCUGACGCAGCCCGAUGAAGCCCUGGAGAUCAAGUGGGAGAGCGACAAGGAGGACGACGACGAAGACGUCAGCGAUAAGAGCGGCGCCGCGGGCAACCGCAGCGUGUUCCAGAGCGCACAGGACUCGGCGUCGCCGCUCACAGAGGCGGCGUCGGCGGCGGAGGACGACGACGACUUCCUGACGCCGUCGGAAGACAUCUCGGCCGCCCAGCUGAAGUUCCACGCCUGUCUGAAGAUCCUGACCAACGAGCUGAGGACUCUGUCCACAGGCUACGAGCUGGACGGGGGGAAGCUGCGCUACCAGCUCUGCCAGUGGCUGGAGAAAGAGGUGGUGGCUCUCCAGCAUUGCUGCAGCUACAGGCCCUGUCUCACAGAGCUGGCCGUCCCAGACGUCCCCGGCUUGGACCCUGGGUCUGGAACAGCAGAAGACCAGCAGGUGGGGAGCCCGUGUGGCCAGAGCCAGCGCAGUCGGCGUCUGUGGCUCCAGACCAACCAGCCCCUGCUCCGGAUGUUCCUGAGCUACUGCAGCCUCCACGGCUCCCACGGUGGAGGGCUGGCCUCCGUACGCAUGGAGCUCAUCCUGCUGCUGCAGGAGUCUCACCAGGACGAGUCCAUCCAAUCGCCCGUGGCCCCCUGCCCGCCACCCGCCUCCAUUCCACUCCUAUUGGCUUGCACAGCCAAUGCCAAGACAGUAGUAGCCAAUCCCAUUGUGCACCUGACCAACCUGGCCCAAGACAUCUUACACACCAUUACCUCCCUGGACUCCCCUCCACACCCGGACGUAGUCAACAACGAGAUUUACGUGAUGCACACCCUGGCUGCAUCGCUGUCGGCCUGCAUUUAUCAAUGUCUCUGUGAUGGACACUACAGUCAAAUGAACCAGUUCACGGGCAUCGUGUACCAGAGUGUGCUGCUGUCUGGGAGGCAGCCCGGGAGGACCGUCAGCAUGGACGAGGCGGUGCAGCCCAACACCACUCCCGCUCAGUGGCCAGGCAUCGCCUCUCUGAUCCGCCUGCUGAACUCGGCCGGGGAGGAGAGCCAGCCGGGUCUGGGCGUGCUGCUCUGUGAGAUCCUCACCGCCGUCUACCUCAGCCUGUUCGUCCACGGCCUCGCCACUCACUCCUGCAACGAGCUGUUCCGCAUCGUGGCGCACCCCCUCAACAGCAGGCUGUGGGUGGCCGUGUUCGGGGGAGGGGUCAAGACCCCCGUCGCCGAGAGGCUCAACGGGCCGCAGGCGUUCUCCCCGCCAGAUUCGCCUUCAAAUGACAGCUCAGAAAGGAAGUCGAGGCGCUUCAGGAUGAUGUCGUCGCGCAGCAGCUCCAAGGAAGAGGCGGGGCUACAGAGGGAAGGGUCAGCCAGCCCAGCCAGCCUCAGUUCCCCCUCCGUAGUGGAGCGGGAAGCAGCCUCCAUCUUCAAGGAACGCUUUGUCCCGCCCGACCUCAGCAUUUGGGACUACCUUAUUGCCAAGCCCCACCUCCCGCCGUCUGAGGAGCGGGAGGAGUACGACUCGGAGGACAGUCACAAUAGCCAGGACGAAGAUGACGAUGACGAGGACUAUGAGGACAUCUUCGACCCCAACUCCCCCUUGAGAGAGCACUCCAACAACAACUCCUACAGCUGGUGUCUGAUGCGUCUGGCGAUGGUGCAACUGGUUGUGAUCAACCUAAAGUCCUUCUAUCCCAUGGCCGGACAUGACCUCAUAGAUCUGCCCGUGGGCUCGCCGCUGUGCCACGCGGCGCUGAAGAGCCUGCAGUGCUGGGAGCAGGUGCUGCAGAAGAGGCUGGAGCUCUUCGGAGGCCCUCCCUCCAAGUACAUCGUCACCUUCUCCCAGGAGGACACGGCCGCCCCCGGGCCGGCCCUCCUCAGACACAAGGCUCUGUUUGAACCCUCCAACACGCCGUUCAGCUCUGCGCACCACUCUGCACUGCCGGUGAAGCGGCUGUGGCAGUUCCUGGUGAAGCAGGACUACGUCCAGGACACCUUCAUCAGGAACAUCUUCACCAAGAAACGAGGGCCCAACGAGUCGGUUGAGGAGAAGACUGACAAUAUGAAAUGCACCGGGUUGGACGAGGUGGUAUCAAAACAGAUGGAGACAGACUCGAGUUCCGCUGUGGGAAAAGCCCGCAUCAUCCACAAAGAGUCUGACAUCAUCACAGCCUUCGCCAUCAAUAAGGCCAAUCGGAACUGUCUGGUCAUGGCGUCGACCCAUGACAUUCAGGAGCUGGACGUGUCUUCCAUCUUGGCGACGCAGAUCCUGACCUGGAUCGAUGAAGAUGUCGAGCCGGAGGCCAAGAAUACGGGCGGAGAUGAUUUCCUCGUGGUCCAGUCCCGUGACGACUUCGGCACGCUCCACGGCACCACGCCGUACACCCACAGUUCCCCCGGCACGCCCAUCAACAUGCCCUGGCUCGGAGGCGUGCAGACGGGCAGGGGGGCCUCCGUGCUGAUCAAAAGAAACAUCAACAACGUGAGGAGGAUGACUUCCCAUCCCACGCUGCCGUACUACCUGACGGGCGCCCAGGACGGCAGCGUGAGGAUGUUUGAGUGGGGCCACUCCCAGCAGAUCAUCUGCUUCAGGAGCCCGGGGAACUCCAGAGUCACCAGGAUACGCUUCAACCACCAAGGGAACAAGUUUGGGAUCGUGGAUGCGGACGGAGGCCUGAGUCUCUGGCAGACCAACACCAGCGGCACGGCGCCCAAGCCCUACUUGACCUUGCAGUGCCACAACAAGACGGCUCAUGACUUUGUGUUCGCCGGCUCGUCCUCCCUCAUUGCCACGGCGGGCCUGUCCGCGGACAAUAGGAACGUCUGUCUCUGGGACACUCUGGUGACGCCCCUCAACAGCCUGGUCCACGCCUUCUACUGCCAUGAGUCGGGGGCCACGGUGCUGGCCAUGGCGUCCCGGCUCCAGCUGCUGAUCACGGGGGGCAGGAAGGGCUUCCUCAGCGUGCUGGAGCUGGCCCACAGGCGCCAGCGCCGCAGCUUCCAGGCCCACGACUCGCCGGUCAAAGCCCUGGCCGUGGACCCCAGCGAGAGCUCCUUCGUCAGCGGCUCGGCCGAGGGGAACAUCAAGGUCUGGAGCCUGGCCGACCAGACUCUGCUCCACAACUUCCCCAGCGAGCACGCGCGCCAGUCGCUGUUCCGCAACCUGGGCACGGGCGUCAUGCAGCUGGAGGCGGGGCCCACCAAUCACGUCUUCUCGUGCGGCGCUGACGGCACCAUGAAGAUGAGGGUCCUGCCCGACCGCUACAACAUCGCCGCCAACAACAAUCACCACGGCAACCUCAGGAGCGACGUCAAGUUCGUCAUAUAGCGAGCGGCCCCGGGGGGGCCAAUCCCCACGGCUCAUUCCAGCUUCGGGGUUCCGAGGUCGCCCCCGGGCGACUUCCAUUCAGAGUGCUUCGAGGAGGGGGGAGGGGGGGAGGAGAGCGGGCUUGGGGUGGGGUCGGGCGGGAUAGGGGGGGUCGGCCCGUGGCGGCGGCGGGGGUGGCGGCAUCGCCGCUAAAGGACCUUUAUUGUUAGCCCUGAACACGGCGGGUCAUUCAUCAGCCGUGGAGGAUGAUCUCACAUGUCAGAGAGGACUUUCCUGUACGCCCGGGCGACGCUGGCGCUGAAGAACGGCUCGGGCGACUGCCCCCGUCAUAGACUGGGAGAACAAGGCCGGAGCGCUUAUUGAUCGCUCACUCCGGGGGGGGGGGGGGGCUUUGUGGAGGCCGUUGGAGAUCUGAAUCGGCAGUGUCUGGAGAAACUGGGAGCCCUCAGGAGAGAGCGGGCGGGGGGAGUAUGGACUGAGGACCUGUUCUGUCAAAACGGAUGUGAUUUGAUCAUGGAUGCAGUUGGACGUUCCUCCCCCAAAAACCACCGCCUCCACCCAUCUGCUACCGAACGUCACCAGACGAUGUUUUCGUUUUUUGAGGCCCUUGGCUUGAAGCCGUGAGAGACGCUAGAGGGAGUGGGUAUGACUUGAUUUGAGGAGAACAUGCCCAGUAUAUGACAUGGUUCACCAGAGACUCCCUCAUAAUGUCCACACACUGUCAUAUCUAGUAAGAGACGUGAUUACCGUUAUUUAUCACCAAGAUAAACUAUUAGUAGAUGAGGAGGAAGGGGGGAAUUGUGCAGAUCACGUGUAUGAGCACCUUGUAGUUAAUUAAUAAGCUGUAGUGUCAAUCUCCCUUGCUUGGCGCAACCCAAUUAGAACCCGGAUAGCUCACUGCAUAUCGUAUCCAACCACACGACUCCCGAUAUAGUGCUUUGCAUUACUUGGUUAGGAAGUGAAAUCCAGUGUAAGAACUUGAUUAAGAGAUUUAAAGCGGUACUUGCAGGGUUGUUUUUAAAAGCUGCCUCGCACAAGAGAAACAACAACUCAUUCCAUGCAGAAAUACUCAUGGGACCUUAAUGUUAGGGUUUUACUAUGGAUAAUAAAUACAUAUAUACACACAUACAGUAUAGAGAUAUAUAUACACACACAUACAUACAGUAUAGAGAUAUAUACACAUCAGUUUGACCUCUGAUUUGCCCUGAAUCGCCAAACCAGUGCCCUGAGAGGCCAUUUGUCUUCAAUCUAUUUGCACAUUCAGUAUAAUGAAGGAAUUCCAAUGUUGUAUUUAGCACAGAGCUGCAAUGCUAGAUGGUACGUCUUUUAUGAGCGCAAUAUGUGUGAAGUUUCUAAUGGUCCUGGUCUUUAUUAAAAUAGCAGUAUUUUUAAGUGUCCUUAAACUUUCUGCCAGACUAGAACUGUUAGUAAGGAGGAGUUUUUGUCAUAUGAGUUGCACAAAUUUGGUUUAAUUUAAAAGACCGGGCUCUUAUUGGUUGAGGUUUUUCAAUAAAACAUUGUGUCAGUAUUUAUUUUACAUGUUCACCUUUUAAUAAAUUCUUUGCCGUUGAAUUGAUGGUGGGUUAAUAUAUUGAAAAAGGAAAUAAUUUUUCCCCCUUUCUUUUCAGGAACCAUAAUUAUUUUAUAGUGGACAUGGCAGUUUAUUUGUACAAUGACACACCACUCUUAAGUGGACUUUACUUUCAUUUCCAGAUGGGCCAGGACUGAAAAAACAUUUGACUAUCCUCUGAUAAAGCUAGUUUGACCAGGAUUUUUUUUUAUUGUUUUGGAAAUGGUAGAAUAGAGUAAUCUUUCUUUUUAUAUUGGAAUGUGUUAUUUUGUGAAUCGGUGGGAUCCAAUAGCCGAACUAUACCUUGAUUGGGGGGGAUUAUAGGAACAGAUUCUAGUCUCGUAGCCAACUUGUCUAAAGGGGUAUAGAUCCACAGAGCUUACACACCAUCAACAUCAAGCUGCUGAAAGAGAAGGACAUUAUUUACUUUGAUGGGAGAAUGCUUUGUAGAUCAGGCCCCAGUGACUGUAUAUAAACUGAAUGGUAUAUUAAGUGGCUUUUUACUCUGCAUAGCCGUGGCUAUUAGUAUUCCAGAUUCAAUGUAUCUAAGGACAUGCUUCUGUUACCAAGUAUAUUUCUGAAUCUGGUUCAUAAGAAAAUAUAUAUUUGGAUUGAUUUAUCCAUAUCCAUUAACUAAGAAUAUUAUAUUAACUAAUUAUCAUGGUCAUGGGUUAGCAUAGCGUGUGUGUUUACUUUGUAAACUAAUUUGAGAGAAACUAGCCUAAGCACAAUACAUCUUUUAUGAUAUACAAAAAAAGAUCUGCUUUAAAGCCACAGCCAAACCCUUUUAUCCCGGCGGUCCCUUUUCUUUUCUCAAGCGAAGUCUUCACUGAAAAUUGGCAAACUGCUCCACUUACGCACUUCAUGACUCAGUCUGGGAACUUGCUAUGGGACAGAACCAUGACGUUAAGCGAACCAUGGUGCUCUGGUCGCAUUUAAUCUCACCAAUGUGAAUUUGCUUAGAUUCUAAUUUUAUAACAAAGAUGUGUAUAUCGUACUGUAUUAUCUACAUUAAAUGUAAGGAUGUAAUAAAUCAAACUUCAUGUAACAUGGCA